AUGACUUUCGAUACGGAGAAAUUUAUUCGCGAAAUUGAAAACCGUAAAGCAAUAUGGGAUACAUCUUCAGAAGAAUACAGUGAUCGUGAUGUAAAGAAAAGAAAAUGGGAAGAAAUCACAAAUAUAAUGUGCGAGGACAAUUUAACAGCAAAUGAAAAAAGUGAAUUUGGUAAAUCUCUACAGCAAAAGUGGAAGAAUAUCAGGACUAGUUACAGCAGGGAAGUAAAACGCAGAGCCGGUGCUAAAAGUAGAGCUUCGUGUAAGAGUCCUUACGUAUAUUUCGAACAACUACAGUUUCUUAAGGCCACUGUAAUAAAUAAUGAAACUCAAAAUAGCAUGGGUGAAACGCGCCCUGCGGAAACCAACGAUGACAGCGAUUGUAUUCAAGAUAAACGACCCGUUUCCAAAAAGAAGAACACAUGUGACGACGAAAAUUUGGUUCAAGUAUUAAAGGAAAGUAUCGCAAUAAGGGAAGAGCGUGAAAGAAAGCAAGAAUCUGAUUCAGAUAGACUAUUUAUGCUUUCGCUUCUAGAAGAUUUUAAAAACAUUCCGGAACGUCGUAAACUUUCUACGAGAAUGGAGUUAAUUGACGUAAUAAAAACAGCUCAAAUGCCUUUUAUGGAAACUUACAAUUCCGAAUUUGGUGUGUUUCGCCAAGGUCAUGUUGAUUAUGAACCAGGGACAUCAACCGCCAGAUUAUUUAGACCAGAAACAUCGGUUAGUGGACAGUAUCGCCAUGUAUACUCGACUGAAUAUGGACCGGGAAACUCGAGCAGUAGGCAAUAUCGCCAUAAAUAUAAAUGA